GAGUAGUGUGGCAAACUCCACACUCCACUCACAGCAAGAGACUCUCACUCUUCUUGUGUGUCCACUCAUGGAAAGACUUUCGGUCUUCAUCGUUUGCGACAAUCAGAUAAACCUGAGGCUCGCGACGUCAUGAAUUUCACAACGCGCAAAACAUGCAGUAAAACCCGCUUAGGGUUCAUCUGACAAAGUUGGCUCGCUGUCCUGGGACGGAACAGAUUAAAGGGGAUAGUACAUGGAUAUUUCUCAGUCGUUGGUCAAUCUUGGCUGCGAGAGCACAACAUUGACCACUAUUUAAGCUGUUAAUCGUGGAGAGACGAAAAGCAAAACGAGCAAGUGGGCAUGCCACCCAAGAAAAAGGGUUCGGCGGAGCGUCAGGACACAGGGGCCACUGAGGAGAAGGAGAAGAAUGCACAAGUCCAGCUCGACAAGGCCAAGUAUAAGCCGGUUGCUUUCGCCGUUCGCACAAACUUCACCUACACUCCUGCAGAUGAUGACAACGUCCCCAUACCAGGGCAUGGGGUUUCCUUUGAAGCAAAAGACUUCCUACAUAUCAAAGAGAAGUUUAACAAUGACUGGUGGAUUGGACGGCCUGUAAAAGAAGGGGGAGAGGUUGGUUUUAUCCCCAGCCCAGUGAACCUGGAGAUGAUUCUGAUCAGGAGAGAGGUGCAGGCCAGGAAGGCCGCCAAAGCGCUGGCCAAUAAAGCGGCUAGUGCUGCCAAAGAUGAUUUGAAUGCAAAGAAAACGGCUCCACCUCCAACAGUUCAGCAAGUGAAGAAGAAAUCGGGAGAGCAACUGGCUGCAUAUGAUGUUGUGCCUUCCAUGCGUCCUGUGGUGCUCAUGGGGCCUUCGCUCAAGGGCUAUGAGGUUACGGACAUGAUGCAAAAAGCACUCUUUGAUUUUUUAAAACACAGAUUUGAAGGAAGAAUAACUAUCACCCGGGUGACGGCAGAUAUUGCACUUGCCAAGCGGUCGAUCCUCAACAACCCCAGCAAGCACGCCAUCAUGGAUCGCUCCAACACCCGCUCUAGUUUAGAUGCCGCUGCUCAAAUCCAAGGAGAGGUUGAGAGAAUUUUUGAGUUAGCACGCAGCCUACAGCUUGUGGUUCUGGAUGCUGACACCAUUAACCACCCUAUCCAACUAAGCAAGACCUCAUUGGCCCCUAUCCUGGUGUAUGUCAAGAUUUCAUCACCUAAGGUUCUCACAAGACUGAUAAAGACCAGGGGCAAAUCUCAGACUAAACAUUUGAAUGUCCAGAUGGUGGCCGCAGACAAACUGGCCCAGUGUCCGAAUGAGCUGUUCGAUGUCAUCUUGGAUGAGAACCAGCUGUCAGAUGCCUGUGAACACAUCGCUGAUUACUUGGAGGCCUACUGGAGAGCCACACACCCUCCUGAAAUGGAACCUCCCAACCCCAUGCUGGAGAAACUGGCAGAAAACACACUCCCCACCAGCCCCACACCUGCUAAGGACGAACAGAAAAGCAAGAAGAUUGCCACCACCAAGAGAAAAGGAAAUCAAGAGAACCAGCAGGAGCUUUUGCCCCAGGCUCAGGAGACGAGAGAGGAGGAGGAAGAGGAGGAAGAAGAAGAGGAAGUGCUGGAGGAGGCUGAGGAGGAGGAGAGGCUCCUUCGUAGCGAGCCAAAGAGACGCAGCCAUCACCAUCACCACCAUCAUCAUCAUCACCACCGCUCCAGCACCAGCCGACCGACCGAGCCCCACAACAAACACCAGCACCACAUGCAUCAGCAGCAGCCCACCGACAUGGAGCAGCUUCCCACUAAAGACGCUUCGCACACAGAGUCCCGGAGCAGGCGCGCACUCCCGGGUGAGGGCGACCCGGAUCAAACCGAGGUCUACCAUAACAGGACUACAAUUCAAAAGGACCAUAACCAUCACCAUCGACAUCACCACCACCGCCGCGGCGGGACCGCAGACAUUCAGCCGGAUUAUUCCCACCACGGGCAGCAGGACUAUGAGCUGGAGCACAACGAGCACAACAGGCAACAGAGACAGCCGAUACAGAUGCGCUCACACCAACAAUCACACCACUACGCUCACCCACACCACAACCACUAUCACUACCAGGGACGGGAGCGGGACAGGGAGAGGGAGAGGUGCGUGGAGGCGGAGGAGUGGACUGAAGACAUGUACAUUCAUCACUGAGAUGGACAUUGCUUUAAUGCUGCUAUGUUUAAAUGCUGGCUACCGUGUACUCAGGACAACAUGGUUUCUGUUCCUUUAUCUGUUCUACUGUGUUAUUGUCUACUCUGGUCCAAAUCUAACUUUCCUUGAUUAUGAGCCUUUCAUUCGGAUAAUUCCGUGUUUCCUUGGCUUUAUGUGCCUCUUGCUAUCAGGCCUGUGAUAACCAUGUUUUUUAAAUGAUUUCAGCACGUUUGGUCUUUCCAAUUCCAAGUAUGUGGUUACAUCCUUGCUUGUUAUUUCCCCUGUUGUUAACGAUCAGUCAGAUACACCAUUUUUUUUUUCAAACAAUUUUGUGAAACGCACAUGCAAACCGCUCAUCUCUUAUCAUCUUAAUUUUUCACCCCUGAGAAAGAUAAUACAUUUUUUUUUCUGUUUCUGGUCUUUUGAGGGACGUGCUGCUACUCUAGUGUUAAGUAUGAAAAUAUUAAGAAAAUUAUUUCUUUUUAAAAUGGUUACAAGAAUUAGCAUUUACCCACAAAUAAUCUGUAUGAAAACUAAGUAUGUGCCAUUGGCUAUAUAAAAAUUAGGCAAACUAAACCCUUUUAUGGUUGGGUUUCCACCUCAGUGAUUGAAAGGUCAGUUUUUUUCAACAUCAAAACAAUUACAAUAUAGUCUAGUCAUUUUUAUUUAUUUAAUCCUCCUCAUUUUUAAUGUGAGAUUGGGGCCAAUUUUAACUUGAAUGUGCAAGGCUUCCAUUUUUGUUUGAAAAGUCACGAUCUUUGUAAUUCCAUUUGAUGACACUAAGGGUCCAUUUACACAACAAUGUUUUCAACAUGAAACCUUUGUGCGUUUUUGCCAUUUACAUGACAAUACCGUUUUUUACAGUUAUCGUCUCUGCUCUGCGUAAACUACAAAAACGUGAAUUUGUGAAAACUGUGAUGUCAUGCUUUGCGCAUGCGUAUUGCGUGUUCAGUCUAUAGGCCUGUUGUGUUUCUUUACAAAAUAGCAUCGCACGCUAACUACUGGCCUGCAUGGAUAAAACAGCGAUUUUUUUUUUCAUGGAUCCAUGUGAAUAGGGAUUGUAUUGACAACAUUGUCAUCUAAAAACAAAAAGGAAAAACAUCUCCGUUUUUAGUAUAUCAUUUUUGUGUAAACGUACCCUGAGAGCAUUUACAAUCUUAAACUUUAAAGUCAGCGUGAAUUACAAUUUUCAACCAAUUUUAUUUUGGCUUUAAUUUAUACACUGUUCAGUGUUUAGUUUGGCCAGGUGUAGAUUGUUUUAAAUACAUUGAAAAUGUAUUCAGUAAAUGUCAUACGUUACGUUGUAUGUCAAUACGAAGACCUUUAGCUAUCAACUCUCGAGCCAUACUAUGUGUUCUUUGCUCAUGCAAAAUUAUUGCAAGUGAACACUGUCAAUUUUUAUGAAUUUUGUUUUUCCAUAUUUAUAAUAUAUAAAAUGUGAUAAUUUUUAGCCAACCAGCUGCAUGUAUUUAUGAUUUUCUAAAUUUAUUUAAAUCUACACAUUAUGUAUAUUAAAUGGAUUAAAUUGUUUUCUUAAUCGUAACUUUCAUGUUCACAAAGUAAAAAGGCACUCAAAUGUCUUGAGCGAAAUAAGUACGAUUUAGAAAAUACCUUGUGUACAACAGCAUGGUAAAAGUUUUGAUUCCAGUUACAGUAUGUUAAAAAUGGAAUGAAAAAGAUAUAUAAGCUGAUCUGUACAUACUCUUAAUGCACCUGGAACCAUGACUUUUAUUUACAUUUUAUACAUGUUUCCUGAGUACUCUAUGCAUUAGUUUGUGACCACACUAUAGCUUGAAAAUUCUUUCUAUGCAUUUGUAUAUACACCUCAUAAAUGCCUUUGUUGAUAUUGGAUUGAUAAAACUGAGUACAGAUACUGCUGCACUGUAAUAUAGAUGUACAUCUGUAUUCAGUUGAACUGACUGUAUAUUGUCUUUAUUGAAAUGUUCUCCUGAACCAAUAAUGCACACGUCAAAUUUAUCA